GCGUUGGGCUGCCAACGGCACGGACGUUGAGUGGCUGGAAGGGAAGGAAAGCAGGGACUCCCUGGAGGACUGAGGGGUCAUAGCCACCCCACGGAACAGGGGUCCCUGCUGCUACGGGGUGUUCGGUGUGUCCGGAAUAAACAUGCACCCCGAGGCCUCGGAGCCCGUGGCGGACAGGAGUGCGGAGCAGGACUACGCGCAGGAGCCGAACGUGGAGAGCGGCGUGGCGGAGUCGGUGGGUGACUACGGGAAUGCAGGCCAAGGAAGCCGCAAGGAAGAAAUUAAUGAUCCCAAGGAAACGUGUAUGGGCCCUUCUGACGCUUCCCACCUCAGCAAGCAGAAACAGAGCGGUGAUAGCUGGUCAGACGGUCGCUUAGCACACCAAAGAGAUGACAAGGAAGAGCAUGGCCCCAGAAUGACUAAAAAUUUUCUGCAAAAACUAUGCAAGCAGCACAAGCUUUAUAUUACCCCAGCAUUGAAUGAUACGCUCUAUUUACACUAUAAAGGUUUUGAUCGCAUCGAGAACUUGGAAGAGUACACGGGGCUGCGUUGUCUCUGGCUGGAGUGCAACGGGAUCCAGAGAAUUGAGAACCUCGAGGCCCAAAGGGAAUUACGCUGCCUCUUCUUACAAGUGAACCUUAUUCAUAAAAUCGAGAACCUAGAACCUCUGCAGAAACUGGAUGCUCUUAACCUCAGCAACAAUUACAUCAAGACCAUUGAAAACCUCUCCUGCCUGCCGGUCCUGAACAUGCUCCAGAUGGCCCAUAACCAUUUAGAGGCCGUGGAAGACAUUCAGCAUCUCAAGGAGUGUUUGAAACUUUGUGUCCUUGACCUUUCCCACAACAAGCUGAGGGACCCAGGGAUCCUGAGCGUCCUGGAGAGCAUGCCUGACUUGCGUGUACUGAAUCUGAUGGGAAAUCCUGUGAUUAGAAACAUCCCUAAUUAUCGAAGGACCGUCACUGUUCAACUAAAACAUUUAACAUACCUGGAUGAUAGACCAGUUUUUCCAAAGGACAGAGCUUGUGCAGAGGCCUGGGCUCGGGGAGGGUAUGCAGCUGAGAAGGAGGAGAGAGAGGAGUGGGAGAGGAGAGAACGGAAGAAGAUCACGGACAGCAUUGAGGCCCUGGCAGCGAUCAAGCGCCGGGCUGCGGAGAGGAAACAGCAGAAAGAAAGCCAAGGGCCAGGGGAGACACCCAGGCCAGACAACGCAGAGGACGUGGAUGCCGCUGUGGAUGAGGAGGAAGAGCCUCAAGAGGACAGAGAGAGGCGGCAGAAGAUGGAGCAGUUUGUCAAGGAGAGUUUCAAGGCCAAGGAUGAGCUAUUCCCAGAAAAGUUGAGCCUCAUGGAGGGGCUGCCUGCAGAUGUUGAUGGAGAGACUGGAGGCCAGGAGCCUGGAGGGGCGCUCCCCACUGAGGCCCCCACGCCGCCGACCCACGGAACUGCCUGGGAAGCUCCCCAGAUUGUGGUCACUGAGAGAGCAUCAGGUACAGAACUUCACGGAGCUGAAGAUGUAGAAACCAUCAGACUGGAGACAAGGGAGAAGCUCUUCAUCGACGACCUACCUGACUUGGAAGAUGUUGACGCAGGCGAGUCUCUAGAAGACCAGGACAAGAAGAUGUGCUUUCCCAAGAUUACAGCCAUCUCAAGCCUGAGUGAUGACAGUGACCCUGAACUGGACUACACCUCACCCCCAGUGCUGGAAAAUGUGUCCACAGACACCCUUUCAAAUAUAUUUGCAAUCUCCAAGGACAUCUCCAGGAAGGCCGAGACGGAGGCACCCUUUACAGACAUAUUUAAAGUUGCAGAGAAAGACUCAGAAACCCAGAGGCAAAACACCAUAGCCCCUUGCCCGCUGAUUCAGGAGCUGGACGACAGUGAGCCUUCAGGGGUCCCACCCCGGCUCCCAGCCUGCAAGAGAGAAGCCACACCAUCGCCCAGCAGUGAGGAUGAGGAUGGGGACCUGCUUCCAGCCUCUCCUCCAGGAAACAGCACUGAAAAGGAAGAAGUGUGUUCUGAGCUGGAGCCCAAGGCUGGAGAGGACCAGAGGAUGCUAAAUGUGGCCUGGACUGAACCUGAGGUGGCCCCUCCACUCUUGGACUAACAGGGACAGGGAGGUGGCAGCCAGGCCCUGUCCUGACCCCACAGCAGGCGCAGCUCACCCUUAGCUGGGCUCCCCUUCUCUCCAAAGAGCUGCAGUUACGAGCGCGCGGGCCCCGGCUCACCCCUCUGCGUGUGUGGAUGGCAUCAUGCCCCCUGCUCUUAAAGCCUGACACCUCACCCCAAUUAACUGUAGUACAAACUGUGUCGCUCUAAAUGUCUCCCUUGAGCAUCAUAAAUG